AUGAGAUUGAUCCACAUUGAAAAUCUCGAUAUUCAAGAGUUCUUUGACACUCCGCCACCAUAUGCGAUUCUGUCGCACACAUGGGAGAAAGAUGAAGUGACAUUUCACGACGUCAGUCAGAAACGGGUCGACGGCAAGAACAAGUCGAGCAGCGAGGAGCUCUCGGAAGGCAUCAACUCCAUGUUCCGAUAUUACCAAGAGGCAGUGUCCUGCUUUGUAUACCUCGCCGAUGUAGUCUACUCCGAUCCCAGCAAGCCCGUGGACACGUCUUUUGAGAGAUCAAGAUGGUUCACCCGAGGUUGGACGCUACAGGAGCUCAUUGCUCCCACCGAUUUGGUAUUUUUCGACAAGGAGUGGCAGCGUAUCGAAACGAAAGUCAACUUGGCUUCCCGAAUUUACACCACAACGAAAGUAGAUGAGAUAACUCUCAUAUCGGGAGACUGGUCAGGUGCUAGCAUUGCACGAAGGAUGUCCUGGGCCUCGACACGAGAAACGACACGGCUGGAAGAUAUUGCCUAUUGUCUUCUCGGCCUAUUCAAUGUGCAUAUGCCCCUACUUUACGGAGAAGGCUCAAGGGCGUUCAUCCGUCUGCAAGAGGAGAUUCUCAGACAAAGUGACGAUUAUUCUCUCUUUGCAUGGGACGCUUCCCAGGCAGAGGAAAACAUCGCCCAUAUUGGCGUUCUCGCUACCCAUCCUAAAUUCUUCAAAGACUCAGGCAGCAUCGAAGCCUACCCAGUCGCUGGUCCCGUAUCCAUUUCGAACUUAGGAAUCCACGCUCGACUUUCUUUCAAAAAGAACGCUACGGGCCAAACUCUGCAGGGCCAGGUCGAAAUUUCGGGUUUCGUCUACCAGCGAAAUACUUCGCCCCGAACACCAUAA